AUGAAAACAGAGCAACACCACGCCAACAGAAGACUUUCACCUUCGCUACAACGUAAGAUCAUCAAAACAGCAAAACCCGCCGCUUAUUUUAUCCUCCUUCUGCUAACCUACACCUUAGGUUACUUAUCCCACCACCCUUCUUCCACUUCAACGCCACUCUCACCCUCGUCAAUACCACCACAAUUACCAGAACCUGUUAUUAAUUUCUCAAUUAACACCACUGAGUUGAACCCGUUCCGAGUCACCACUCGCUGUGCGGACCCAAUUCCCCCGGAGGCCGUCCGCCGGAAGCUCGUUGACCGUCUCUUCAACAGCACCUCGCCGUUUGAAAACUUCCCCCCGCCGCACGCGGCGGCGAAGCUGCGGCGGACUACGAGAGUGAAGGGAUGGGGCUCCACCGGUGCCGUGUUCGAGAACCUCAUCCGCCGCGUGCGGCCGCGGAUAGUCGUGGAAGUAGGCACCUUCCUCGGCGCGUCGGCGAUUCACAUGGCCGAAUUGACUCGCCGGCUCGGACUCCAAACUCAGAUACUCUGCGUGGACGACUUUCGCGGCUGGGCCGGGUUCAAAGACCGAUUCAUGAGCAUACCGAUGGAAAACGGCGACGUUUGGCUCUUUUACCAAUUUCUUCAGAACGUGGUCACUUUUAACCACAGCGGGUCGAUUUUACCCGUUCCAUUUUCAAGCGGGUCAACCCUGAUAUUGUUUUGCGAGUGGGGUGUCUACGCGGAUUUAGUUGAGAUUGAUGCGGGUCACGAUUUUUUAUCUGCUUGGGCUGAUAUAAACCGAGGAUUUCGGAUCCUCCGACCGGGAGGGGUUAUUUUCGGACACGAUUAUUUCACUGCUGCGGACAACAGAGGGGUCCGGAGAGCCGUUGAUUUGUUUGCCAAAGUUCACAAUCUGAAGGUAAAAGUUGAUGGUCAACAUUGGGUCAUUUAUUCUUCCUAG